UCGGCGUUCAGCCGGCCGCCCUGCGUACGCUGCGUGUGGCGCUCUCGGGCUCUGGCGCAGCAGUCAUGUCGACCGCCAUGAACUUCGGGACCAAAAGCUUCCAGCCGCGGCCGCCGGACAAGGGCAGCUUCCCGCUGGAUCACUUCGGUGAAUGUAAAAGCUUUAAAGACAAAUUCAUGAAGUGUCUCCGUGACAAUAAUUUUGAAAAUGCUUUGUGCCGAAUUCAGUCAAAAGAAUAUUUAGAAUGCAGAAUGAACAGGCAACUGAUGGCUCAAGAGCCGCUGGAGAAACUGGGAUUUGGAGAUUUGAUAGAUGGAAAAUCGGAGACAAAAAGUGAAUUUUGAUGAGAGGAGCCCUAGGCUGUGUUCAGCGGUCACCUGCGUGGGAGGACGCUGCCACCUCCUUCGACUCUGGAGGCCUACGCGGCUGUGCCCUGGCAUGGGCCUUCAGGUGCCGUGAGACAUUCCCAUCGAGUCCAGGUGGACAGUCCCAUGGAGAUGCCUCGUCACAAAGGAAGGAACUUAUCUUGUGAAGCUCCCCGAUUAUUUUCAGAAGUUAUUACUUCUUUUAGAUCCUUGUUUUCCUAUCAGGGAGGGGUUUGAUCCUUAACCCACAUGUGGGACGGGUUCCCAGGGAGGCCCCAGCCGGGGUGCGGAUGCAGCGUGAGUCUGUUGGCCACAGGGACCUGGGCCCUCGUGCAGCACUGGGUUUGUUUGCAGCACUGAGUAGCUUUUCAGUACCAACGUGCCAGAUGUGCACAGACCUCAGCCUGCUUUGUACACAGAGAUUCGGAAAAUAACCAUUCCCUAGCACAACGGGCUUCCUUUUUGUACUCAUAAAUUUAUAUAUGCCAAUUCAUUUCCUUUUUUAAAAAAACAAAAGUAAAAUACAGAAAGGGAAGUGAGAAAUCA